UGUUGUAUGUUUAUGGGAACAUAAUGAAGGUAGUACAAAUAAAUAAUUUGUGUUCAUAGUAUUUUUUUUUAUUUUUAAUAAGUUUAACAUAGUGUAGAGUAGAAUUAUACAUCCGUGGGAAGCCCCACCUAAAGAGUUCUAGAAGACUACCCUGGAUACUCCUCACAUACUAGCACACACAUUUACACAAAUCAAACAUAACAGGACACCAGCAUCUGUGACAGUACGCAUGGACUGGCUUCUGCUACAGACCUUACAGGAGACUCAGGCAUUGAAAUCCUGAAACUUUUUUUUUUAACUUGGUUUUUAGCAUUUUGUGGUCUUUUUCUUCUUUGUUGGAGUUUCUUACAGAUCUACUUGGGAUCCCUUUGUUUAUUAUGCAAUUCAAUGGAUAAAAAUGUCUCAGUGACUAGAAUGGAGCGUGAGAAGAAUUCAAUUCCUCUUGUUUGUUACAGGAUGGAGGCCUCCUGUCUGGAUCUAGCGCUCGAGGGGGAACGUCUGUGUAAGGAGGGUGAUUACAGUGCAGGAAUACCAUUCUUCCAGGCAGCCAUGCAAGUGGGGACAGAGGAUCUCUUGGUGCUGAGUGCCAUCUAUAGUCAGUUAGGCAAUGCCUACUUUCACCUGUGUGACCACACCAAGGCUUUGGAGUACCACCACCAUGACCUAAAUUUAAACAGAAUGACAGGGGAUCUGCCUGGUGAAGCCAAAGCAAGUGGCAACAUAGGGAACACUCUAAAGGUGUUGGGCCGUUUUGAUGAAGCAAUAAUCUUCUGCCAGAGGCAUCUGGACAUCUGCAUAGAUGUUGGAGACAAGGUGGGACAAGCCAGAGCUCUGUAUAACUUUGGGAAUGUGUACCAUGCUAAAGGAAAGAGUGUCUGUAGCAAUGACUCGGAACCUGGAAACGUCCCAGAACAAGUCACCGCAGCACUUAAAAAAGCAGCAGACUACUACGAGGAGAAUUUGAGCAUUCUGAAGGAACUAGGAGAUCGAGUGGCUCAGGGCCGUACCUAUGGAAACCUGGGAAACACACACUAUCUGCUCAGCAAUUUCCUCAAUGCUGUGGAAUCCCACCAACAGCGGCUCCUCAUUGCAAAGGAGUUUGGUGAUCUGGCAGCAGAACGAAGGGCCUACUGUAACCUUGGAAAUGCCUUCAUUUUUCUGGGAGAGUUUGAGAAGGCUGCCGAGCAUUACAAGAGAGCUCUUCAUUUGGCGAGGCAGCUGAGGGAUCAGGCAGUGGAGGCUCAGGCCUGCUACAGCCUAGGAAACACCUACACUCUACUGCAGGAUUAUGAAAGAGCUAUAGACUAUCACCUCAAACACCUCAUCAUUGCCCAGGACCUUGGUGACAGGGUUGGUGAAGGCCGUGCCUGCUGGAGUUUGGGUAAUGCACACACAGCCCUCGGGAAUCAUGACCAGGCCAUUCACUUUGCAGAAAGACAUCUGGAAAUCUCUAACAAGACAGGUGACCGCUGUGGUGAAUUGACGGCCCGUAUGAAUGUGUCUGACCUUCAGACUGUCCUUGGUCUCAGUUACAGUACAAACAAUUCUGUAUUGUCAGAGACCAAAGAGAUUGAUUAUAACCUUCAUGGAGCCAAACCCAGGAUGAGCAGACGCUACAGCAUGGAGAAUUUGGAUUUGAUGACUCUUACACCAGAACAGAUUAAAUGUCAGAAGUGGGCCAAUGAGGUACUAUGUACACAGUCAAAGACAAAAUCCACCUCAAAAUUCUUCUUUAUGAAUCGUCUGCGAGGGAAGAAGAACAGCUUCGUUAAAGUUUUGCAGGACACCAGCAACACUCUUAAGACCUCUCAGAAGCGGCCUGCUCAGAAAUGCAAGAGUGUGGACAAAUUGGGUGACGAAAGCUUCCUUGACCUGCUGUGUCGUUUCCAAGGCAACAGAAUGGAUGACCAGCGCUGCUCUAUUCAAAAGGAGCUAGGCGGCCAGUCCACUGCUGCCUCUAACCCCUCCUCUUCAUGUUCAUCUUUGCCCAAAAAUAUGAAAAAAUCUUUAUCAGAAUCUGCAGUAUCACAAGGCCAGGACGCAUUUCUAGGAGCCUUGGCUACUGCGCAGAGUCGGAGGGUACAGGAUCAGAGGGCUGUAGGAAGUGUGCCUGUUUUGUGCAAUAGCACCAGGCAGACAACCCUCAGCCAGAUCAUGGCUAAUGCUGACACCUCUGAACCCGAUGACCAUUUCUUUGACAUGUUGGUAAAGAGCCAGAGUUCUCGUUUAAAUGAUCAGAGGUGUGCCCUCCCUCCUGUCUGCCAUGGACCCACUAUCCCUGACGAGGACUUCUUCAGUCUCAUUGUCCGCUCUCAGGCCAGGAGGAUGAAUGAACAAAGAGUCAUGCUGCCAUCUAUCAAUUGAACAAUAAGUUGUUGUUUUUUUUUUUGAUUUGUCCAGUUUUCUCUCUUACCAUUCCUGCAUAAUGAAAUAAAAUAUCUAAUAAAAGAUUCUAGACAAAAUGUAGGUUGUGUUCAAGCACAGCUACAAACCUGCAAAAAACAGUGAUGCACAUUACAUUGCGCAUAGUGAUAAUGUUGAUCCUUCAGGAAAGUUCCUGGAAUUCUGGAAAUACAUUUUAUUUACCACCAAAAAAGGGACAUCCACAACAUAGAGUUGUUUCAGCUGUACAGGGACAUUUUGCUAUUUGAUGUCAGACAACACUUGGCAUUAGUCAUAAGAAACACGUAUUUCAAGAGCAUGUUCUUUUUUAGUAUGUGUAUAUUUUAUUGAAUAAAAAAAACCACUGUGUA